CUGCCGAGAGCGGAAGUGGCGUGGCCUGGUGGAAAGCGCGCGUAAAGAGCGGCUUUGGGGCGACUUUGGGUGGAAAAAAGAAAAGGGGGGAAAUUUGGGGGUAAAAAGCGCCAAUUUGGGACCGGAAGUGGCGCCAUGGAACCGGAAACGGCGCUGAUGUCCUCGCAGUGGCCCCGCCCCCUUUUGGAGAAGCUCCGCCUCCACCCCGGCCUCAGCCAAUUGGCAGCGGUGCUGGAGGAGAAAGGACCAAUCACAGCAGCGCAGAGGCGGGACUUGCGGCAGGCGGAGGCGGGGCUUGCGCGGAGCCGCGCCGCCUGGUUGGCUCAGCAGGCGCUGUGGCGGGGCUACAGGAGCUGCUGCAGAAGCCCGCCCCCCUGGGGCCGCCCAGCCUCUGGCCGCCUUGGAAGAAGCGCUCUCAUUGGCUGAGCUGCGCCGCACUAUGCCGGGAUUGGCCGAGCUGAUGCCCAACCCCCUGCCCUCAGCGGCGGUGCGGCAGCCAUUGGUGGCUCUGCUGGAGGCCCAGUUGGGGCUGAAGGUGGCAGAGCUGCAGCACUUCAGCUGUGGGGUCAGCAGUGGGGUCAGCAGUGGGGUCAGCAAUGGGGUCAGCAAUGGGGUCGACGUGAGGGAGCAGCUGUCGGAGGAGCAGCGCAGGCUGAAGAGGCUGAAGGAGAGGAGGUGGGAGCUGGCGAUGCUGCUGCAAAGGAGCCGCAGGGAGUGCGGGAAGGCUGACCUGCGCUGCCUGGCGCUGCUGCGGGAGCUGAAGGCCCUGCGGGCCCAGCAGACCAAGCUGGAGCUGCUCAGGGGGGAUUACCUGCAGACCAAGGGGACGGCCAUGUUGCUCAAGGCGCGGUUGGAGGAGCUGACGCUGCUGGUGGAUACGUACAGCCCUGAGCACCUGGAGGCACACAGGAAGAUCAGGUCCCAGCUGCAGGAUGCUCUCACCCAAACCCAAUCGGAGCUGGCAGCACUACGGGAGUCGCUGGGGAAUUUCGUGGCCGUCGGACCCCAGUUGGUGGCCAUGGCUGAGGAGUACAGACGGCUGAGGGAUGAAAUCCAGCACCGCCAGUGGGCGCUGCAACAGCUGAGGGACAACGGGGAGGUCAAUGAGGAACAGCAAUGACAGCCAUGGGGCUCCGGGACCUCCCAGUGAUGGGAGCCCUCCGUUGGCUCCUCCCAUUGGCUCCUCACGCUGGUGGAGGCGUCCCAUAGGCUCCUCCCAUCAGUUGAGCCCGCCCACUCCCCUCGCUGGCUCCUCCCAUUCAUUGGUUCCUCCCCAUUGGCUCCUCCCAUCGGUUGAGCCCGCCCACUCCCCUCACUGGCUCCGCCCACUCAUUGGUUCCUGCCCAUUGGCUCCUCCCAUCGUUUGGGCCCGCCCAUUCUUUCCAUUGGCUCCUCCCAUCGUUUGGGCCCGCCCACUUUCCCCAUUGGCUCCUCCCAUUGGUUGGGAGCCAUGAUUUUAGUUGCCAUGGUGACAGUUGCCAUGGUGACGGUUGGUGCCACAUUUUACCCCAAAUAGUGUUCUCUUUUCCAAUACAAACCAUGAUUUCCCUCCCAAAAUACCACAUUUUAUCUCAAAUACUGCCUUCUUCCCUAAUAGAAACCAGCAUGUUGCCCCCAAAUGCCACAUUUUAUCCCUAAAUGUCAAAAUUUCCCCCGUCAAAUGCCAGUUUUGCUCAAAAUGCCACGUUUUAGCCCCAAACGCCACAUUUUAUCUCCAAGUUGUACCUUUUUCCUUAAUAAAAACCAACAUUGUGCAUCAAAA